CAGAUUCAGUUGUGGGUAUUUUCUCCAUAGCAGCAGGUGGCAGUAAUGGUUGUGUAAGAAUCAGCGACACUACACUGAAGAAACAAAGACGGAUUUUGUGCAUCUGGGUGUUUUUCAUAAAUGUAUUUUUAUUUCAUGACUGAAGAUACGUGCAAUGAAUAUGGCAGAUGACGCUCUGUUUGAAUUCCUCCACAUGGAGAUUGUUGCUCACGUGUACAAGGAGCAGGCGACCCGGGAGGACAUUGAUAAGGAGAGAGUGACGUGUGUAUCUACUCUAGAGGGAAUGGGCUUCAGAGUUGGACAAGGACUGAUUGAAAGGCUUACAAAAGACUGCCCCACUUUCAAGGAUGACCUGGACAUAAUGAAGUUCCUCUGUAAAGACUUCUGGAGCACUAUCUUCAAAAAACAAAUCGACAACUUGAGGACUAACCAUCAGGGCACAUAUGUCUUACAGGAUAAUAAAUUUGCACUACUUACUCAACUCUCCAGUGGAAAGCAAUACCUUGAGGAAGCCCCAAAAUACUUGGCCUUUUCCUGUGGGCUGAUUCGGGGCGCCCUCUCCAACCUGGGCUUGGAGAGUGUAGUGACUGCAGAGGUUUCUUUAAUGCCAUCAUGUAAAUUUCAAGUUGUAAUUCAGAAACUCUAGGAUGGACUAAAUGAGCAAUGAACAGCAAUGUUUCUUCAGUUAACUUUGUCAAUGUGAAUUAGAUGGACCUAGAUUCUAAAUGUUUACAUUUACAACAUUAUUUUUGAUAUAAUGCUGUUUGCGGUUUCAAGUUAUAUUUCAGCGAGAGAGUUCCCACACAUUUCUAUGCAUAUUUUUCUCAGUUAAAUACAAAGGGUUGACCUGUUUGGAAAUAUUCUGAAUGUCAUAUUUUACCUCAACACUUCUUAUUAUAAACUAAAUUACUGAAACGGAUAAUCAUGGAAACAUAUUUUCAUAAAUGUGACAUUUUGUAUCUUCUGAAUUGUUUAUUAUGCAUUAUCAGAUUUGGGUCACUUAACAUAUUUUGGCCAUUUUACUUUGUUUGGAUAAGACCUUAAAAAAAAAAAAGUUAAAAUGUUAGAUGUAUAUUUGUUUUUCUACCAUUUUAUUGUAAAUGUAAAUUAUUUCUUCAUAUUUGGGACAGUUAAUUUGUUUGAGAAAAUUGUAUACAUUAUCUAAAGCUAUUAUUUAGUAAUGACACAUCUGAUUAAUUAUUUGAAGAAAAACAGCUCUUUUUUUGUUUAGAAAUAUGUUUAUAGUUUGGGAAUGUUACUGUUAUAUCUCACUGGUGAAGUUUUUAAAAAAGAAAAAAAUAGAUACUUGAUUUCACCAGAAGAGGGCAAUCUUUGUCAGUCAGAUGAAUGCCAUCUACUGUAGAGUGAAAACUCAAAAAUAUUUUAUCAUAAAUGUUUCAUUUGAAUGAUCUAGG